GUAAACAAGAUGCUGCAGAAGUGACUUUAGAAACUUUGAAGGCUAUAGAACAUCCUCUUAGCAAGCAGGUCGCAGUUCUAGUUGAAAUUUGUUCAUAUGCAGGGACUGGAAAUGUGCUUAAAGUGCAGAAUAUGUUGCAUCUUUGUAAUGAUCAUUUAGAUAAAGACAAAGAGGAUGAUUUGUAUCAAGCUUUUGCUGUCUUAGGUGUAGCAUUGAUAGCCAUGGGUGAAGAUAUUGGUGCUGAGAUGGCAUUAAGGUCAUUUAACCAUUUGAUGCAUUAUGGUGAACCUGUUAUUCGUCGCGCAGUUCCCCUUGCAAUAGGCUUGCUUUGUGCAUCCAAUCCUUUGCUCAGUGUUUUAGAAACACUUAGUAAAUAUUCUCACGAAAAUGAUACAGAUGUUGCUAUUAACGCGAUAUUUGCUAUGGGUCUUGUUGGUGCAGGAACGAAUAAUGCAAGAUUGGCACAGAUGUUGAGACAAUUGGCAUCAUAUUACCAUAAAGAACCCAAUUGUUUAUUUAUGGUUCGAAUUGCACAGGGAUUGUUACAUAUGGGCAAAGGGACAAUAUCGAUUAACCCGUAUCAUUCUGAUCGACAAUUAAUGUCACCUGUCGGAAUAGCUGGUCUCUUAACAACACUAAUUGCUUUCACGGAUGUUAAAAUGCUGAUACUGGGCAGAUAUCAUUGGUUUUUAUAUUACCUGGUAACUUCAAUGUAUCCUAGAUUUUUAAUUACGCUUGACGAAAAUUUGAGUAGCUUGCCUGUGACCGUUCGUGUGGGACAGGCUGUAGAUAUAGUAGGACAAGCUGGGCGACCAAAAACGAUUACAGGAUUCCAAACACAUUCAACGCCG